AGUUCGAGUCUUCCAAUAAUAGCUCCACUGCGGCAUUGAGUUAUCAGUUGUUAGUUUAGUAUUACAUUUUACAAUCGGGCUAUAGACCCGUCUAAUGCCUCAUGAAUCGUCACUGCAGUAAAAAUAAAAAGUGGGGAGAGCACGUGAAUCAGAUUUUUUUUUUGUGCAUAAAUAAUAACUUUUUUUUUUUCAGGCCGUCUAAUAAUUUGUCUAGGUAAAAAUGUAUUUGAACGCGGAUUUCACGAUCGGUCAUAAUGGCAGCCUACAUUUUGGUCUUUACAUGGGAGAUCUUUAAGAAUUUUGAACGACGAACCGUUUGGGAACCACAUAUACUGGCUCUUUUACGUGAACUGCCAAAUUAUGUCAUAAUUUUGAAUAACUAAUUGAAUGUGAAUAAUAAUGUUGAUCCAUAUUUGAGUUAAAGGGUCGUGGUUAUGGUGAAGACAAAACUAAAACUAUCCUGCUAUGUCAGAAUACAUCAAUAGUUGACGUGCGGGUGGGGUUAGAAUCGACGCAGCUCAACCUUCGGGGCGGAGAGCGGGAGCGAACGACCGUACCGAGAGUCAUCAGGAUUAAAAUAUUCUGCCUUGGGGGUGGGGGGGGUGGGGGAGGACAUACUAUUGGCAAGCCGGCGACGAGAUUGGGCCUGUGGUGCCUGCAACCCAGCAAAACAUGGAGCUCGAGAAUAUCGUGGCCAACACCGUCCUGUUGAAAGCAAGAGAAGGAGGUGGUGGAAACAGAAAAGGAAAAAGCAAGAAAUGGAAACAGAUGCUUCAGUUUCCCCACAUCAGCCUGUGUGAGGAGCUCCGGGAAACUACAGAGAAAGACUACAUCAGCCUUUGUGAGCGGCAGCCAAUCGGACGCACGCUCUUUCGGCAGUUCUGUGAAACCCGGGCUGAGCUGAGACGCUGUGUCAAAUUUCUGGAUGCUGUGGCAGAGUAUGAGGUCAGUCCAGAUGAGAAGAGGAGGGAGUGUGCUCAGGAGCUCCUAGACAAGUACUUCAGCCCAAAGUCAGAGGAUCACAUUCCUGAGUUGGGAGAGGACAUGGUGGGUCAGUUUACAGAGAGGCUGGAGCAGGAGCCCUGUAAAGAACUCUUCAAUGAGUGCACCAGACUGAUCCAUGACUACCUGAGUGUGGCUCCCUUCGCAGACUACAUCGACAGCAUGUACUAUAACCGAUUCCUGCAGUGGAAGUGGCUGGAGAGGCAGCCAGUCACUAAGAACACAUUCCGACAGUACAGGGUAUUAGGGAAGGGAGGCUUCGGUGAGGUGUGUGCGUGCCAGGUGCGUGCCACAGGGAAGAUGUACGCAUGUAAGAAGUUGGAGAAGAAGAGAAUCAAGAAGAGGAAAGGAGAGUCCAUGGCCUUGAAUGAGAAGCAGAUUCUAGAGAAAGUCAACAGUAGGUUUGUAGUGAGUCUAGCGUACGCGUAUGAGACAAAGGACGCUCUGUGUCUAGUGCUCACUCUGAUGAACGGGGGAGACCUCAAGUUCCACAUCUAUCACAUGGGAGAGGCCGGCUUCGAGGAGAAGAGGGCUGUGUUCUACUCUGCAGAGCUGGCCUGUGGCCUGGAGGACCUGCACAGAGAGAGGAUCGUCUACAGGGACCUGAAGCCUGAAAACAUACUAUUGGAUGACCAUGGUCAUAUCCGGAUAUCAGACCUGGGCUUGGCAGUCCACGUUCCCGAGGAAGAGUCCAUCAAGGGUCGGGUGGGCACUGUAGGGUACAUGGCUCCAGAGGUGGUGAAGAAUGAGCGCUACACAUUCAGCCCAGACUGGUGGGCGCUGGGCUGUCUGCUGUAUGAGAUGAUCGAGGGCCAGUCUCCCUUCCAGCAGCGCAAGAAGAAGAUCAAACGUGAGGACGUGGAGAGGCUGGUCAGAGACGUGGAGGAGGAGUACUCAGACAAGUUCUCAGAGGACGCCAAGUCCCUCUGCAAAAUGCUGCUGGCUAAAGAGCCCAGUGAGAGGCUGGGCUGCCAGGGGGAGGGGGCUACGGAGGUGAAGGCCCACCCCAUCUUCCGAUCCAUCAACUUCAAGAGGCUGAAAGCUGGCAGGCUGAAGGCCCCCUUCACCCCUGAUCCCCAGGCCAUUUACUGUAAGGACGUGCUGGACAUUGAGCAGUUCUCCACGGUCAAGGGGGUGGAGUUGGAGCCCAAAGAUGACUCAUUCUACUGUAAAGUGUCCACAGGCAGUGUGUCCAUCCCCUGGCAAAUGGAGAUGAUUGAGUCCGAGUGCUUUCAGGAGCUCAACGUGUUUCAUACGGAUGGGACAGUUCCCCCGGACCUGGACUGGAGAGGACAGCCCUCGCCUGCUCCUAAACAGGGGCUGCUACAGAGGCUUUUUGGGAGACAGGACUGCUGUGGAAACUGCAGCGACAGUGAUGAGGAGCCCACCAGGCUGUGACUGAGCACCCUCAUCCCAGCCUCACCGAGGAUCUCAUUUGUUUACAAAUUUUGCACAUUUGUAUUUUUAAGAUAGUUCUAUAUAAAUAUUGGCAUGUAUAUUUUCAAUAUAUAGCCAUAAAGUCCAUGUUAUUUAAAUAUAAUCAUGUUUCAGAAUCCGUCCACAUUUUCAUGCAUGGCAACAACAGCUGUGACCAUACUGUCAUCCCCACAUCUCAUUUGUUGAUGUUGUUCUCAGCCGAUAUCGCAAGCCUCUUUUUCUUUCUCCUUUUCUUUGUCUUAUAAAAAGUGUCGACUGGGCUCAGAUUGCGAACAAUUUUUAUUUUAUUUUAAAUGUAUAUUCAAAAUAUAUAUUAUUAAUAUUUACUUCGUGCAAUUCUAGACAAUCAAAUUAGGAUAUUUGUGUGAAGCGUAGGCUUAAAAGGAAAUUGAAGACUGAGGUGAACUCUUAGUAUGAGGUGAUAUGUACAUUUUAGGGUUCUAUCUAGAGACAUUUGAUGUAAGCCAAAUAGAUAUGACUGAACGAUGCAUAUGUAAGUGCAAAGAAGUGUACCAUAUAUGUGACCUCUAAAGUCCCAAAUGUGUCUUCCUAAGAAUCUGGGUUUAGGUAAAAAGCAUGUUAGUUCCCAACCACAUUAUGAGCUAGAGAAGGGAAUUUUCUAAAAACGCCCUGCGUUAUAGUACAGUAUUUCAAUUGCCAAAAGGGACCUUUUCGUAACACGUGGAUAGCCGAGAAUGGCCUUGGAGUUUCCUAUACCAUGGCAUCCUCUAGAUUGCUACACUUUUGUCACAGAGCUCCUGAGUUUAAUUUAGCGGUGCACUUAUGACCAAACUGGUUUGUUUUAAUCCUCAAAAUAUUUGAAUAAUUAAGUCCUUCCCAUUCAAGGUGCUUCAGACCAUGCUGCCUCUCUCUCUCUCUCUCUCUCUCUCUCCUGUCUCCUCUGCCGUUGUUGUACCUCAUGUGUUCCUUUGCCAUGCUGAUGUGUGUCUGUGCAUUAUGUAACUCAGUGGGAUUCUCCUUGUGGAUGUGGGACUAUAAUAGGACUGAGCUCCCUGACAGACUAUGGUAUCCCCCGCUGAACCCUCCUGACCAGAGACUCUAUCAGACUGAGGAAGAGGGGUCAAAGGGGAAGGGAGAGGUUACGGAGAGGUUAAGCCAUCUCCAUGGAAACCUCGGCACUCCCAACGGAAGUGAAAGAGACGUCCAAAACUCCUCUUACCAUCUCCAUCUCUCAUUGAAUUGUGUUUUAUUGUGUGUGAUUCUCAGAUGAACUUGCCUACAUUCCAGUCAAUACCGUACUGUACUGUGUAAAGUUAUGCUACUUUUGUUUAUUUAGCAAUAUGACUUUUUUUAACCGGUGUAAAGUUAAAACCACAACAACAACAGCUCCACCGUGAUACUAGGGCAGGACUUCUAGUCGGAUUAUUAUGACUUUUCUUUACAAUGUGCUCCUGAGUCAGGCUUACACAUUGAGAGAGGAGGGAGGGCCUCUCUGUCACACCUCUGACACUUUCUUCUUGAAAUGCACUGAUGUUUUGUGUGUGUCCAUAUUUUACCAUAACCACUAGACCAGUGUUUCACAAACUCUGUCCUGGGGACCAGCGGGGUUACAUGUUUUGGUUUUUGCUCUAGCAUUACACAGGGUAGCCUAGUGGUUAGAGUGUUGGACUAGUAACCGAAAGGUUGCGAGUUUGAAUCCCUGAGCUGACAAGGUACAAAUCUGUUGUUCUGCCCCUGAACAGGCAGUUAAACCACUGUUCCUAGGCUGUCAUUGAAAAUAAGAAUUUGUUCUUAACUGACUUGCCUAGUAAAAUAAAGGUAAAAAAUUAAAUAAACACAGCUGAUUCAAAUAAUCAAAGCUUGAUGAUUUGAUUUGAAUCAGCUGUGUAGUGGAAGGGCAAAAACCCAUACGAGAAUGCCUUGGGAUCCCCAAGACCUAGUUUGAGAAACCCUGUACUAGGCUCUGUCCUGGUUAUGAUGAGUGAACGUGCUACUGUACAAGGGAGUUCUUGGAACGUUCUCGGAACAUCAGGAGGAUGUCUAAAUCUCUGUUAGUAUUCCAAGCCCAACAGGAGAGCACAAAGCAACAGGUUUUGACAGUGGGUAUGAGAACAGUUCAAUUUACCAAACAUAUACUUGAUUUUUAACUCUGUAAAGAAUGAAAUAGACCCACUGGGCAAUAACUGAAUUCAACAACAACAAAGAAAUCUAUGUGAUGACGUUGAAUCAACGUGGAAACUGAUUGGAUUUGCAAGAAGUCAGCAACGUCAGGGAAUUCUGUCUUUUUUUCACCCAACUUUUUUCAUCUAAAUCCAAUGACAUGGUGACAUUUUUUGUUGAUUUCUCAUUGAAUUCAUGUUAUUUGACAACGCAAUCAAAUGUAAAUCAAAACAAGGCAACAGUAAACAUGUUGUCCCUACUAAUGAUGCUGCACCCCCUUGGGCCAAUUAGUAACAACAAUUCAAGCUCAAACGGGACAGGAGAUAUGCUUGUUCAAAGUUUGGAAUGUCAGUUAAAUACUAGCGCUGUUCCCUAUGUGAAAAGACUAUCUGUGAAGUGAAAAUGGCAGUUAACGUCUGUUAGUGCCAGACAGUCAAGUCAUGGCCUUGUCCAGUUCGUGUGUCACAUACCUUACUUUGACUUCAAAGGGUUCAGGGGCAUUUACUUACGCUUUUAAUAUUUAUCUGUGUGUUUGUUAUAUUGUGUUACACACCUUCUGUGAUUCUACAAGCCUUUCUGGUGAGCUACAGCAGCUGUAAAAAGCUAUUUGCUGCACCAUGUGCUGAACUGAAAUGCUAGGCUAUGCUAAUGCUAGGCAGUAAAACUGGUCUUGUCUUUAGUAAGGUGCUUCCUUCCUAACAUUAUCCUGCCAUCUUUAUCUACCUGUACAAUACUUCUACAUUUUAUUUCAGUUAUUUAUUUUUUUAUCAUGUGCUCAAUGUUUUUACCUAUGUGUUCGCUUCCAAACUGCUUUCAGUGUUCUGUAAAUGUUUUUGGUGUGUUGCCAUACGCUUGACAUUUUGCCAACUAUGUUCAGACUGCACUAAGCCCUCACACCUUGGAGGCACACUUUGUGUUACACUUCACUUGGAGAACAUGUUUGAGUAUGAGGUGGAGGGGGAAAAAAGUAUCUGAAAGUCCAUACAGUGGGGCAAAAAAGUAUUUAGUCAGCCACCAAUUGUGCAAGUUCUCCCACUUAAAAAGAUGAGAGGCCUAUAAUUUUCAUCAUAGGUACACUUCAACUAUGACAGACAUACUUAUUUUCCACCAUAAUUUGUAAAUAAAUUCAUCAAAAAUCCUACAAUGUGAUUUUCUGGAUUUUUUUCUCUCAUUUUGUCUGUCGUACUUGGUGUACCUAUGAUGAAAAUUACAGGCCUCUCUCAUCUUUUUAAGUGGGAGAACUUGCACAAUUGGUGGCUGACUAAAUACUUUUUUGCCCCACUGUAUAUCCUUUAAAUACCAUAUUAAAUCAAGCACUUGGUAUUCUUUGUCUGAUCUAUUGUAUCGAAGUCCACUUCCCCACUUUUGUUACGUUGCGUGUGUGAUACCUCCCUGAACCCAGGAAGGUUGGAGACUUUAUUCGUGUUAACUUCCUCUGACUCCAUUGCCUUCCCACACUGUCUUCUGCAAGACCAAAUGUCGUACUGUGUGUCACUAGAGACCAGUACGUAGGUCUCUGUUGUCCUACUGUGUUUACAUGCCAAAUGGAAGCAACCGAGAGGAUAAUGAUGAUGAUCAAGAUCAAAUGUUGAUAAUGAUGAAAGUGGACUCGUUGACGAUAAUAAUGAGGAAGAUGUGAACAUGUGCCAUGUACAUGCUAUGUAUCACUCUGAUGUGAUGUUUGUUUGAGCUCUUUUGUUCUCUCUCUCUCUUUCCGUUCUAUCAACUCGUACUGUCUGCCUCUAACCUGUCUCCGUAGGUGCCUGUGAACAUGUACAUUAGUCAGGGCCAGUCAAACUGGACCUCCAUGUAACAAAGUAUUUUACUUCAAUAAAACGUUUUUUGUUUA